GUUAUCAUUCAGCCUUGUUGGGUGAGCAUCUGUCCCGCGGGGCAGCCAUGCUGAUGGCUACCAGCCUCCUUCUUCCCUUCAAGCCUUGUACUUUCUCUCAAUCCUCAGCGGGCUGAACACCUUCAUCGCGAUGCGCAUCAGCAAUUCCUUAUGCUCGCAUUUCCUAUUGUGCCCCAGGACCCCGCAUGGAUAGAUGUACAAUCGUCGAGCGAAUCAGCAGUCCCCGCGAAUGAGCGACCCAUCCAUCACGAGAUCCUCCAUCGACAGGCGCCCACGUCAACGCUCGUUGCCGCAGCAGCUGCAAACUCCAGUCCGAUCAAUGCAGCUAUCGAAAGGCCGCCUGCAGAGGUCGUUGGAGGGGUAAUAGUUGGUUCAGUCACCGCAUUUGUACUUAUUGUUGUUCUGUGCUGUUGCUGCUGCCCUCGUCGAGCCCGGCGCUCGGGAAAGCGCUCGCCGUCAUGGAGCCCACCACCAGCUGACAGCAACCGUCCUCUCCCUCCAGUACAAAUAGACCCGGAGCUUGGGCCAGAUCCGCUGCCUCCACAGCCACCCCAGCAUCUCCCUCCUCCGCCAGAUCCAGGUCCCUAUCCCGGCCCGUACCCUGGCCCACCACCUCCCCCGCCUGUUCACCCGCAACCGCCAGGCCCCCCAGGGCCCUUCCCGCCAUUUCUAUUUCCACACGAAGCGCACCUUCCUCCGCCGCCACCGCAGCACCUCCCUCCACAGGAGGUGCACUAUCCCGACAUCGAGCCCCAACCGAGUCGGAAUCCUCGCUCGAGGACUCAAACAAUUACAAUAGUACAGGUGGGUCGCAGACCUGCCCUCGUAAGGCGUGCAAGGGUUCGCCGGCCAAGCAGACACUCAAGGGAGGAGGACUCGAAUUCAAGCACACGUAGUCAUAGGAGACGGAAGGCUUCUCGAGUCCGCGAGAUCGAGGUACCGGAUUUACAGCCCGUCGCUUACUUUUGAGAUCGGGGUUAUUGCAGCAUAGGCGCGCAAGUUAACUGCGUCUGGCAUUGGCCAGAUCCAACCGUAUUGCUAUCGAUCCAUGAACAAAGAUACCGUCAACAAGGGCGACGCACAUUCGAACGUCUCCCUGACGGGUGAGCAAAACCGAUGUACAGAUCUACUCA